GUGAAAAUGCGCCCCCAUAGAUCGAUUCGGCGAUCUUCAAUAUUACGAAUGCUGUUGGCUAUCACAAGUCGGACUAGAGCAUUUCUACACACAACUAACAGUGCGACCAUCACUUGCGAAAACGCACCUCAGGUCUCUCAAGCUACCAGUGGAGUACGCCAUGAAACAUUAUGCGAUUCGGAUGCCGUGGGACGUGUUGUGGACUGGUUGGAUAUGGAUUCGAGCCCAGGUCAGAGGAGGCAAGUAGAUACCAGGGACAUAGAAACCUCGGCGAGGGAGAAUUCACGAGUCAUGGUAGACUCGCCUCCCAUUUGGACUAGCGCUGUAAUCCCAGGGAAAGAACAUUUCUUACCCUCUGGGUAUCGCACUGAUGAUCAGGACCAUGGGCCGUGGAGAGAUUCUUACCGGUCUGAGAAAAAGGAAGUCGAAUCAAAUAGCAUGCAUAAGACCGAUUCAGUAGGAAUGAGCUACAGAGGUGGUCACCCCCAACUCCCCGAACACCUAUAUGAUGACCAUCAUUUUGAUUCAGCUCGGCACCUGGAAUUUCAAAAGUAUUUGAUUCAUGUAGCUGAUGAAGGAUUGGCACUGUCCCAGCAUCACCAUUAUGGACCUUGGAGCCAUUACACUUCUCCAAUCCAUAACUGGCAUUCUCCGCCCGAAUCCUUAAGUAAUAUCCCUGCAUACUUGGAACACCAUUGGCGGUACUUGAAUUAUUACUGGUGGUACUUGAACUAUUUUUCUCAAAAGUUGAACCUUCCUGCGCUCAGGUUGAACAAUCCUCCAGGGAGUGGAGCUCCUUUCAACGAGUUGAAUAAGGGGAACAAUGCGAAAAAUAAAGAAAAGCAGAAUCUCUCGGGGACCGGGGUUUAUUUCAACGAGCGGCAGAGGGGAAACAAAGGGAAAAAUCAAGGGCCCAGAAAACCUUUAGUGAAUGGGGUUAAUCUCAACGAGGUCAAAGAAGGAACCAACGAGAAAAAUAAAGAAGUGAACAUUCCUUCAGAGACUGAAAGGAAACAAUGA